GGGGUGACGUCUCUAUUCGAAGCUCUGCAGUCAGCUGCGAUGUGAGGCAUGCACAUUCGGUCGAGCAGAGAAACGAGAGGAAUACUGCAAGGGAGAAAGAGGGAGUCAAAGGGAGAGAAUACGGUCAAACACACAAUAGCAUCAUGGCACCCAUAGGACUCAAGGCGGUGGUCGGUGAAAAGAUUAUGAAUGAUGUCAUCAAGAAGGUGAAGAAGAAGGGAGAAUGGAAGGCGUUGAUUGUGGACCAGCUGAGCAUGAGGAUGCUGUCCUCCUGCUGCAAGAUGACAGACAUCAUGUCAGAGGGCAUCACCAUUGUGGAGGACAUAAACAAGCGGCGAGAGCCUCUUCCCACCCUGGAGGCCAUUUACCUAAUUACCCCCACUGACAAGUCUGUGCAGACCCUAAUCGGAGACUUCAAAGACCCCCAUUCAGCCAAAUACAAAGCAGCUCACGUCUUCUUCACUGACUCCUGCCCAGACCCACUUUUCAACGAGGUAGUGAAGAGCCGGGCCUCCAAAUCCAUCAAGACCCUGACAGAGAUCAACAUCGCCUUCCUGCCCUACGAAUCGCAGGUGUACUCUCUGGACAACCCGGAUGCCUUCCAGAGUUUCUACAGCCCCCAUAAGACCCAGCUAAAGAACCCAGUGAUGGAGAGGCUGGCAGACCAGCUGGCCACCCUGUGUGCCACCCUGAAGGAGUACCCCGCUGUCAGAUACCGAGGGGAGUACAAAGACAAUGCCACCCUGGCCCAGCUGUUGCAGGACAAACUGGACGCCUACAAGGCUGAUGACCCCACCAUGGGAGAGGGUCCCGAUAAGGCUCGUUCUCAGCUGAUCAUCCUGGACAGGGCUUUUGACCCCGUCUCCCCUGUCCUGCAUGAGCUCACCUUCCAGGCCAUGGGCUACGACCUGCUGCCCAUCGAAAACGACGUCUACAGAUAUGAUUCCCCUGGGAUGGGAGACACUUCUCAGAAGGAGGUCCUGCUGCACGAGGACGAUGACCUGUGGGUGGGGCUCAGACACAAACACAUCGCUGAGGUGUCCACGGAGGUGACACGCCAAUUGAAGGACUUCUCUGCUAGCAAGAGGAUGAACACUGCUGGAGAGAAGACCACCAUGAGGGACCUCUCUCAGAUGCUGAAGAAGAUGCCCCAGUACCAGAAGGAGCUGAGCAAGUACUCCACUCACCUGCAGCUGGCUGAGGACUGCAUGAAGCACUACCAGGGCACAGUGGACAAGUUGUGUCGUGUGGAGCAGGACCUGGCCAUGGGUACAGACGCUGAAGGGGAGAAGAUCAAGGACCCCAUGAGGGCCAUCGUGCCCAUCCUGCUGGACGCCAAUGUCACCACCCACGACAAGAUCCGCAUCAUCCUCCUCUACAUCUUCCUCAAGAACGGCAUCACAGAGGAGAACCUGAACAAGCUCAUCCAGCAUGCCCAGAUCCCUCCCGAGGACAGUGAGAUCAUCACCAACAUGGCCCACCUGGGUGUGCCCAUCAUCACAGACUCUACCCUCCGCAGGGGGAAGAAGCUGGACAGGAAGGAACGUGUGAGUGAGCAGACCUAUCAGCUGUCACGCUGGACACCACUGGUCAAGGACAUCAUGGAGGAUGUGAUUGAAGAUAAGCUGGACACCAAGCACUACCCUUACAUAUCUACCCGCUCCUCUGCCUCCUUCAGCAGCACUGCAGUCAGUGCCCGGUAUGGCCAAUGGCACAAGAAUAAGACCCCAGGCGAGUACCGCACCGGGCCGCGCGUCAUGGUCUUCAUCAUCGGAGGCGCGUCAUUCAGCGAGAUGCGCUCUGCCUACGAGGUCACGCAGGCCAACGGGAAGUGGGAGGCCAUCAUUGGUUCCACCCACACCAUCACCCCCAUCAAAUUCUUAACGGACCUGCAGCACCCUGACUUCCGAGAGUCCACUAGGGUGUCCUUUGAGGAGCCAGACGCAGGCUCAGACGAGUGAGACAGAAAGAGAGAGGGAGGGAGGGAGAGAGAAAUCACACUCUGACAAAGAUCGACCCACGUCUUCACCCCCACCGCCCUCCUGGAACAGCUCAAGACCAUGAACAAACCAGACGAGGAACCGGCGAGCUAAAAACCGCCCAGCCCCAUCCAGUCUUCUCACCUUAACCUCCCCCCGGUCACCUUCCCCAGAUCCUACGUUCAUUCUGUAUGUAUCAGAUCCUACGUUCAUUCUGUAUGUAUCAGAUCCUACGUUCAUUCUGUAUGUAUGUUGCUCGAGGAAAAAAAAAUAACCACAAGCAAAAACAAUGACAGCGUUAAUUAACAAAAUAAAUGUUUAAACAGAUCUAAAUCAUGUUGCAAGUAUUCUCAUAUUUUACAAUGGAUGCAAAUAACGGAAAGUAUUUCAAAAAAGGUUUAAAUAUCAAGGCCAUUUGAAACUGAAAGUACCAAAUGUAAUAACGUAUGCUAUGAAACCUGCUAGAAAGUGUAAAAGGUAGAGGUUUUCUCUGUUUGUUCCCUCAGUUUAUCUUCUUGGUGUGAUUUGUAUUGAUAGUGGGUGGAGGAGGGAUGUCUUACUGGAGUUGGUUGGCACUAGGAAAGUCAAUGCAGUAGAAUCACAUCACUCAACAUGCAACAUAACUCAUCCCUGUCCUAUCAGGGGGGAGAAUUCUAGCUGGUCAAGAUGUUUGUAUCAGUAGCAUGCCUGAACAUUGUCCGUACUGUUACUGCAUAUCCUUUAGUGUGGCAAUACCGUAACCAAGCAACUCGAGAAAUCAUUCAAUCACAGUGCUGUCUUGUGAGUAAGACAGUGACAAACAGCUAGACUGACCCAGGGUCUGAGGAUAGAGAGAAACGGGGCUGUGUAAAUAGCUACAGAAUGCUAGAAGCAUCCCUCCUCCAGCCAUAAGACUGUAUUUACUCGCCACAUCCUUUUCCUUUUUCUCUGGAGAGAUUUCACGUUUUAGUGUCAAAAAGGCCAUUGCUUGCAGAUGUUUACAGAAUAAUCAAAGGGCCGCUUGUAUUUCAGUAUUGUAUCCUGUCACAUUAUACACUGAGUGCACAAAACAUUAGGAACGACUUCCUAAUUUUGAGUUGCACCCCUUUUGCCCUCAGAACAGCUUCAAUUCAUCAGGGUAUGGACUCUACAAGGUAUCGAAAGCGUUCCACAGGGAUGCAGGCCCAUGUUGACUCCAAUGGUUCCCACAGUUGUGUCAAGUUGGCUGGAUGCCCUUUUGGGUGGUGGACCAUUCUUGAUACACACAGGAAACAGUUGAGCUGAAAAAAACACCUGCAGCGUUGCAGUUCUUGACACUCAAACCGGUGUACCUGGCACCUACUACCAUACCACAUUCAAAAGCACUUAAAACUUUUGUCUUGCCCACAUACACAAUCCAUGUCUCAAGGCUUAAAAAUCCUUCUUUAACUGUCUCCUCCCCUGCAUAUACACUGAUUGAAGUGGAUUUAACAGGUGACAUCAAUAAGGGAUCAUAGCUUUCACCUGGAUUCACCUGGUCAUGGAAAAGAGCAGGUGUUCCUACUGUUUUGUACACUCAGUGUAAGUCAUCAUUGGUUAGUAUCAAAAUGUUUAACCGGGCCAUGCACUGAGUAGUGUGUUGUGUAUAUGCCAUACGUUGAUGUUUUUAGUGUCUCACUGUUGACUGGUGAUGUUUCUGACAGUGAAGUAGUAAAAGAUUUCCUUUAAAAAAAAAUGCGAAUGUGAAGCCACGUGUGUCUGUGAUGUUUUAUCUGUAGCUGUAGUGGUGAACUGGGAAAAUAACUAAUAUCUAUAUUUUGUUUGUCUGUCCGUUAGUUUUUCUCUGCUGGUGCAAUGUUAACUCUUCCAACGGCGAAUGGCUUUGCAAAGAAAAUGUAACAAAUAUUUCAACGUUUUAUAUCUAUUUUUAAUUUUUUAUUUCUUUCCUGGCCAAACAGGUUGUAUAUUGCACUAUGCGUUUUCUGUGAUGCAAACGCUUAAUUUAAUUUGAAUUGUUUCCUAUUAUCAGUUGCUGUUUAUAGCGUCUCUGUCUAUUCAAUUCAUGUAUAUCAAAGUUAUUUAUCAGAGAGAAAAAAAAUCGGAAUAAAAAAAAUGUAAGUCUGUCCUAAACCUGUUUAACUCAUUGGGAUUCUAUGUCUGCGAGUGUUGAAGCACAAAGAAAAAUAUACUUCAUGUGUACCAAUGUACCAAGGCUGUCUAAUAAAUUGGCUUCCAUUACAAGGA